AUGGUUCUGCUUACUUCUCCCAAGCAGACAAUAUCUGAACUCGUGUUAUACCUUCUCUGCGCUGCUGGAUAUGUGCGUGCGGCGAGGAACGCACCUGGCCAGCCCAAACAGGCAGUGACGGUCAACGCGUUUGAGAUCGUUGGCAACAGCAUCGGCAGUGGCCAACAGGUAUUCUUGGGUACUGAAGACAAGGUCUAUAUCGUUGACAAAACAGAAAACAACCCGACACAAAUCAAUGGCCACCCUGCAUGGGCUGCAGAAUGGUCUGUCAGCUCCGAACAAACGCGUCCCAUGGAUGUUAUUACGAAUACUUUCUGCGCGGGAGGAAGUGUUUUAGGCAAUGGGACGUGGCUCAAUGUUGGUGGUAAUCAGGCGGUUACUUAUGGUGGUGAUGCUGCCACGAGCCAACUCGGCGGAGCUCCCUAUGACGAUCCUGAUGGCCGACAAUCGAUGCUCAACCCGUGCGAUGGCGGUAACUGCGAUUGGUUUUUGGCUGCACCCAUGACUACAAGGCGUUGGUAUCCUACCCUUGAAACGCUUCAGGACGGAAGCAUCAUUAUUGUUGGAGGAUGCAUGAAUGGAGGUUACGUUAACGAUGCAUCACAAAACAACCCUACGUACGAGUUCUUUCCCAGUCGUGGUCAGCCAGUUCUCUCGCCCAUCCUUCAGAAUACGCUCCCUAUAAACUUGUACCCUCUUUUAUGGCUCCUUCCAUCUGGAAAACUCUUUGUUCAGUCCGGCUGGAAAACGGUCCUGCUUGAUAUGGACCAAAAUAUGGAAACUCCAUUGCAGGAUAUGCCAGAUGCCGUCCGUGUAUAUCCUGCGAGUGCCGGAAGCACGAUGUUACCAUUGACCCCGGACAACAACUACACGGCGUCGAUCAUGUUCUGUGGUGGUAGUAACAUCAGUACUGCGCAAUGGACCCAAAACUGGGACAUCCCUCAUUGGCCAGCGUCUUCCUCCUGUGUGCAGAUCACCCCCGACCAAUCCCCGAAUUACGUUGAAUUAGAUGCCUUGCCGAACGGUCGAACGAUGGGAAACUUGAUUCUGCUUCCUGAUGGAAGGGUCUUGUGUUUGAACGGCGCGAAGAUAGGUACUGCCGGUUACGGAAACACCACAUUUACUAUCGGCCAGUCGUACGCUGACCAGCCACAAUUGACGCCGCUCGUGUAUGAUCCAAAGGCACCAGCUACCGAACGUUGGUCUCUUGAUGGACUUUCUUCGAGUACCAUUCCACGCAUGUAUCACUCCACGGCUACCUUACUUCCAGAUGGUAGUUCAGUCUUCGUGGCAGGGUCGAAUCCCAACAGUGACGUGAAUACCACCGCCCCCUAUCCUACCGAAUAUCGAAUCGAGCAAUUCUAUCCUUCGUAUUACAACCAACGUCGGCCAGAGCCUCAGGGUCUGCCGAACCAGCUCUCUUACGGUGGCUCCUAUUUCAAUGUUUCAUUGACGCUAGCAGACCUUUUUGGUAAUGUGGACAACAUCCAAACAGCAAACGUUAUUGUUAUGAGGACCGGGUUCUCUACGCAUACAAUGAAUAUGGGCAUGCGCUCGGUACAGUUGCAGAGCUCCUUUACAGGAAAUAGCGAUGGAAGCGCAGUUCUUCAUGUAAACCAGUUGCCCCCCAACGCAGCCAUCAUGCCUCCUGGUCCUGCACUGUUAUUUGUUGUCGUUAACGGUAUCCCCUCCGUCGGUAUUCAGGUCAUGUGCGGGUCUGGCAAUAUUGAGAAACAGACGAUGAUGCCUGUGCAAAACCUUCCAACCUCGGGUAUUAAUUCACAGCAGGCGGCGGGACAAAAGCAGAUCUCUGGUACAAGCUUCUUGGUCCAUUCUGCCAGAGAUUGGUUGGUCUUUAUGAUGAAAUACGUUGGAGUGGUCUCCGCUAUCUUACUUUUUUGA